ACAAUGUGUGAGGGUGCCAUUAACUCAGUUGGCGACCGCCCUAUAGCAUCUUUACUCCUACAGGGCGGCUGCUGCUGUGGCGCACCAGGGAUGUGUGCACCCUAUCAAGAAGUGCAGAAUCACGGGCGGACUGACCAUUUGGAAGCUCGGGCACUGCCUGAGGGCCCGGGGUCAGUAGGGGGCCCCAUGAGAUGCCCCUGGUACCUUUUUCAUAGGCUUCUUUGAGUUUGGGCAAGGACACAGGGGCCCCAUGAUCCCCUAUUGCCCGGGGGCCCCAUGA